AUCUAUACUCUACUAUCGGUCGGAAUGGACGUGUACAUUCGGUUGCCGAAUUCGAAAGAACUUAUUACGAUUUGUCUUCCAACAGACUCGCGUUGCAAUGCCAUCUUUAGAAGCUUCAAAGGUGACUUCUACCUCCAUAAGAAUGGGUACCAUUUAUUUCCGCAUGAUGAGCUGCGCCCGGAGGAUACAAUUGAUAUUGUGUAUCGCCUUCGAGGCGGUAAAGGCGGCUUCGGUUCGAUGUUACGAGCGAUCGGAGCUCAGAUUGAAAAGACCACAAAUCGCGAAGCUUGCAGGGAUCUCACGGGUAGGAGACUCCGGGCCAUCAAUGACGAGCGAAGAGGUCGCCAUUAUGCACGCCUAAAAGCACAAAGGGAACAGGAAAGGGAGGAAAGACGGCGUAAAAAGCUGGAGACCCUUGCAACCUCAGUACCACGGCACGAAUUCGACGACCAGGAGUAUAUUAACGAACGCAGUCAGAUUCCAGAUCGUGUCGAAAAGGCUCUUGAAGAUGCACUUUAUCAGGAACCCGGACCAUCACGAAAGAAGCCGCGGUAUGUACCGCCCAAGAACAUGAAAGGAACAUGGCUGGAUGAACUCGAAUUUGAAAUGCAAAUGACCGAGAAUGCCUCCGAUAGAUCCGCAAGCGACGAGGAAAUUACUGACAAAGGAAAGGCUUCGUCGAAACGCAAGAGUAAAAAGUAUGAUCCAUAUUCUACGCAGAUUCCUAUCGACGACUCUGAGAGACCAAGCAGCCCAAAUCUUGAGUGCGACGAAUCAGUGGAGGAAGUCCUUAUAGAAAACAUUGCUGUUGCCAAUGAGGGACAAGUCGUUAACAUUGGUAGUUCAGCUGAUUCGGCAGGCAUGACUUCAUGUACUGACGAACAGGCUACAGAACCACCGAAACGACCACAUUCUACAACAGAAGAGAAGACUGAGGUGCCCUCAGCUGAUCGAUGCCCGUUAAAUUUAUCUGGUGUUUCCUCCAUCGAUGAACUUACUGAGAAAUUUUCCGCGGAUGAGUUGAAAACUGAGCUGAGUAGGCGCGGCGUGAAGUGCGGUGGUACCCCCAAGGAGAGGGCUGAACGAUUAUGGACAGUGAAGGAUCUGGGAAUUGAAGACAUUCCAAAAAAACUUCGAGCUAAAAAAUAAUCUACUCAUUUUGUUCUGUUUUGACAAUCCACUUGCUUUUGCAGCAAGUCGGCAGCAUGUCGGACAGCUACUACUUGCAAAUAUUGUCCUAUCGAGAUUAUGCACCUGUCAUGUUGACGAAGAUUAUUCGCAAAGGUGUGGAAGAAUCAGCCAAAAGCAACAUAUUACGUCGCAUUCCCUCGGUUUAUAUUCUAUCAAUACUUGCACUGUUUAAAUAAAAAUCAUAUGAACUUUCCCUGUGGUUAUAGCUAUCACAUGAAACAAAAUAUUAAGUUUGCACUCUGCCUGUACGGUAACCACCUGGCGAAUGAUUGAUAACUGUAAAUAAGAAGGGACUAUUUUGAUGCUACUAACGAGUAAAUAAAAUGGGUGUCAAAAUAUACUAUUGGUCCAAAGCAAUGAUAAUGAUUAUCUUUAACUUAAUCAAAAAACUUCAGAAAAUUAUAAAAAAGCAUUAAUGCGUUAGGUACUUUAGCAAAUUUGCUAUCCUUAAUUUGCUUAGAUCUGGCGACAACCAGACUCAAGAAAUUUCACAUACUCUUUGUGAUAAAAAUCUCAUGUCACGUUGAAUAACGUAAAUUAAUAAAUAUAGGAAAGUAUAUAUAGAACGUAGAGAAAAUAGACUCGA